AUGCAGACAGCCCCGAACAGCAUGAAUCUGCUCCCAGCUGAGGGAGCCUUGUUCCUCACCAACUACCGCAUCAUUUUCAAAGGGCGGCCAACGAAUCCAUUCCUGACCGAUGAUGUUGUGGUUAGGUCUGUACCGGUAAUGACGUUAACAAAGGAGAAGACCAUAAGUGAUCAAAGUUUGCAUUCUGAGGUUCGGUUCAUGGGCAUUCCUUUCGAAGGUUUAGCGAGUGGCCUUCAUGACGGUCUCCAAAUGCGCUCCUCUUGUUUCCAGUUGCUUAAAGUUGCAUUCGAUGAAGAGGUUCGCGGUGACGAGGUUGAAGCGUUCACAAAGGCGCUGUCAAGUCUUCGUUGGCCAAAUGUUUUACCUCAUUCUUUGUUCGCAUACAAUACUGUUAGUCAUCUCCUCACGUCAACCUACAGCUGGAUCGGAAUGAAUAAUGUACCUGACAUAAUCAAUCCUCUAAAUGCGGCAGAUAUGCAUCGUCAUCACCUUUAUGAUUAUGAGCGGCUACGUUUACGUGGAAUAGAUUCGAUAUUCAGAAUCUCACAUGCUAAUGCUCAUUACGAUGUGAUAGCGUCUGCAUGUGGUCGUCGUACCAUCGUGUCAGUUCGGGGACGAUUAUUCCUGAAAUCGCGAAGGGCCUUAACAUGCAGAUUUCCGGUGAUCACAUGGACAAGUGAAAAUGGGGCCCUGUUGAUUCGUGGAAGUGGCCUCACUACCAGCAAUGUUGUUCAGAAAAUUAAAAAGGCAAAUUUGCUUCAUGGUAGCGAAUCGGUAUCGACUCUGGGCGGAAGUCGAAUGACGCUUGUCUCUAAAGAUAGUGGUGAAGCCGGACCGCUGCACAGUACAGAAUUUCAGGAACACUAUCUUGCCCGCCUCGCGCAUGUGUCACCAUCGGGCAGUGGUGAUUUGGGAGGAACAAGCAUGUCCGUAGCAACUGGAACUCCAGAUGCUCGUCGUCGUAAUCAGACCACAGACUUCGGACGGCAUUAUGCCACAUCUAUUCGGAGCAGCGGUGGGAAGCCGGGUUCCAGAGGUUCAAUGAUGAUAAAUCCGGCUGUACCCUGGAAUACGUCUACGUCUUCAGGCGAUCGACAGUUUCAAAAAACCUUGCAAUAUGCCAUUGGAAGUCUUACACGAAGAAAUCUUUACAUAUUGGUGGAAAAGGGCCAUUCCAAGGUUACGUUGCCAUCUUCUGUGUCACUUGUACUACAGCAGCGUACGGUUGAGAUAAAUUGCAUAAUGCCCCCCCGCAUGUUCAGUAUUUUCUCCGUGGCGACAAGGAACAUCCGAUUCGUGCCGAUCACAAUUUCCCACUCACCAUACAAGAUGAAGGUUUCGUUCAAAAAGCUACUUCGUGUCAUGCGUCCAAGUGUACCGUUCAUGGAUUCGACAUCAGUUACUUUCUAUCGAUCCCUCGAAGAAUCGGAAUGGCUCACAUUGUACGCGAACUUUUUUCGCCUUACAGUGUUUGUUUUACUGUUGGUGUCAAACCUGCUUUCGUUGGCGUCUUCGAUUGCUAGUGUCGUCACCCUUCACAAUUCUUCGGUUGCCCUUUGUAUUGAAGAGGGUUGGGAUACCACAUGUCAGCUGAUGUCAUUGGCGCAACUCCUGCUCGACCCAUAUUAUCGUACGAUAGAAGGCUUCCAAGUACUCAUAGAAAAAGAAUGGUUAGCAUUCGGUCAUCGUUUCUCUCACCGUGCAAAUCAUACGAUUUCUUCGCAGAAUAGUGGUAUAACACCGGUUUUCCUUCUGUUUUUGGAUGCAGUACAUCAGUUGUUGGCUCAGUUUCAUGGUGCAUUCGAAUUCAACGACUUUUACCUGCGAUUCCUAGCUUACCAUAGUCAGUCAGCGUUCUUUCGUACUUUUGUGAUGGAUUGCGAAAGUGAACGUGUGCAUCUCGAGCAUCUUGUUCCGGAGACUGGGGAAGGGCAUCGGGGAUGCAUCUGGAUGUACAUCAAGGAGAAAACGUGUAGGAGCACAAUAUUCCAUAACCUUCUGUAUUCGCCUGAAGGUGAACGGGUUCUGAUUCCUGCUUGUUCAAUCGCGGCCCUUCAAACGUGGACAUUCUACUCAGAAGAAACGCUUAGUCACGGCUCACCAUAUGAUAUUGACCUCGCCGAAGCGGAGCUGGUAGAACGCGAUGAUGAACACUUUUCUCAUUCCGAAGGUGUAACUACAGGUGGCACUUCAUCUCGUAUAGUCGACGGCACAAUAGUAUGUCAGGAUCUGAAGAGAGAAGAUGGAAUUACCUUCUUAAUCCAGACGAACGAUCGCUUGAAUCCUCUCGAGAAACCACGUGCAGGCGGAUGGCUGAACACAUGGCAGACUGCAGAAGAACGUGAAUUCAAGACUACAAAGAAGAAGAAAGCUCAUGACUGGGACUCAGCAAGUGAGCGCGGGUACUUCUUAAAGAGCGCGCUCGUGUAUGCUGCCCGAGGAAUAUCAUCGAGUCCGAUCGCGGCGAGUCAGGAAAAACAAAAGAAUCAUGUUUUUGAACACUAUGGUGCCAGUGGUGGACAGCCAUCCGAAUGUGGGCUUUGUCAUUUUCCCCUGUAUGGAACUGUUGUGCGAACAGGUCAACGAUGUCGUCAGUGUGGCGUUAUAGCUCAUGAUAAAUGUAUAGUUAAUCUCUGGCCGUGUGAUCCACGUGCAACAUCUACUCGUCCGACCACUCAUGAGGCGUCUUUGCCACCAACCCCAGUGCGAACAGCAACAGUUGAAGGGCAGGGGACGGUGGCACGUAGUGAGACUCUGCUUAGUGACUUAGCUGAAGAGGUAGAGAAUAACGGGAACAAGGCCAUUCUUGAGCUGCGUACGAAGAAGCGUGUCUACUCAUUGCUAGCUGAAAGCCGCCUCGUAGCCGAAACGUGGAAGGAGAAAAUUGAAAUUGUCCUUAGAGAAUGA